AUGUCUUCGUCCCCAAUUGACAUCAGCAACAAUCUGUAUCUCUCUUCCGACGAGCCAUGGAGAGCGACGUUUACCACUGAACAUGGCUUAAGUCUUUACAAAACCGAAUCGUCGUCAUUGUGGAGUACCAAGUUCCAUACCAAGAUCCUACGCGCCAUUCCGUCUUUCCAGGCCCAGGAGACGAGUUCUACAGCCGAUGUUUCAUUGAAGGACUCCUUUGGUUUGCUGGCGGAUAUCGAGUUCCAUACCUUCCGUUCCACAAUUAUCAGAUACGACGGUAAAGAGCGGUCGGUGGACGACUUUUUCCGCAGAAGGCCAUCCAAUAUGUGGGGAAGGAAAUACGUCUUCACCGGCCACAAUGGAGUAGAGUACGUGUGGACAAUGGAGGAAGACAAAUGCAAGCUAUUCAUUGCCGACUCGAGCAAUACCCUUGUUACAAAUUACCACCGCACGCGUUAUGGAUUCAUGCAUGAAACACGGCUCGGCUACUUGGAGCUCUUUGGAAAGUUGGACAAUCGCACAGUCGAUCAGAUUAUUGUCACAUUCGUUUACGCAGAGAGAUAUCGCAGGCUAGAGCGUGGACAUGUUUGA